AUAAAAGCUGCCAGCGAGACUCCACGCAUCUGAUCCGACCACAUCCCUAUCCCACGCGCAGCGGCCAUACGCUCCUCGGACUCUCUUCAUUUUGGUUGCAACCUCCAAGAGGCCUGCACCGCUCCAAGCUUCCAACCGCCACUUCCGACAGCGAGAGCCCACAAACACUCCGGCCUUACACCAGAUCGACGACCUCCACCGGCCAGAGCGGCACGACACAGACACAGAAUCCGUUGCCAUGGCGAACGAGCAGAUCUCGCUGCCGUAUCUGGUGAUGAUACUGCUGGUUACAGCAUUCGUGAUACGGUUCCUGUUCUUUUCGCCCGCCCCGCCACCGGCGCCGCGACAGAGCGCUGCAGCGGUACUACGCACGCGCGAGGCGGCGGUAGAGAGGAUACAGCAGAUGUUCCCGCAAGUGGACAGGCGAACGGUUCUGUGGGAUUUGCAGAGAAACGGCGGAAAUAUCCAGGCGACGUCUGAGAGGAUUCUCGCAGGACGGAUGGAAGCUCCCCCAAUCACCUUCCAGCCCCCUCCCCCGCCGGGAGCGAAUAACGCAGCGUCCAGCUCCUCGACACCGGCCAAGGCGCCCGAGAAGCCCACGCAGCCGGACCUGAUUACGAGAUACAAGCUCCAAGAUAAGAUCUCGGCGCAGCAACAGCGGCAAGCGGAAGCGGACGCCGCCGCCGUCGCGGAGAAGGAGAAGGAGAAGGCUGCCAAGGGGUGGAGCUCGAACAGGGACGAAAGGCAGUCGCUGUUGCAGAAGCGGAGGGACGAAAUGAUUCUUGCGGCGCGGCGGAAGAUGGAGGCUAAGAUUGCUGCUGAGAAGGCGGCAUAAGGUAGUCUUGGAUUACGGCGAAAUGGGAUGGGCCUUUCACAGCGCAUUGUUCUCUUGAUUGUUGAAGGCAUGGGAAGAGAUUGCCGGGGUAUGUGCAUUUGGGAAUUCUGUACACUCACACUCACAUACAUACUCGCACAGGAACAGCCGAGAACGAAGAGCUCUUCGGCUUCAGUCUAGUUUGGAGGAGGAUGGAUGAGGAUAUAAUGGC